AUGACUGUUGAGGAGUCUCUUAGGCCGAGAGGACUAUCCAAUCCUCGAGAUUUCCAGGAUGCAAAUUUUUUGAAGCAUCCUGGGAACCACCCUGUGGAACGAUACCAAACAGGAAUGUCUCGUGUUAGGUAUGCCAUGAGAAGCUAUCUGACUAGGUUCACAGAUAAUCAAUCGUCUAAGCUGUAUGAGUGGCAAGCGAACCAUAGAACCACGUAUAGGGAUAUCUUCUUUGCAUACACCUCGCUGUUGGCAUCACACACGUUCUACGUCCUUUGUCUACCGAUUCCGGCGUUCAUUGGGCAGGUCGAUCUUGUUCGUGAUAUGGUCUACGUGCUAGGUUAUUCGAUAUAUCUGAGCGGAUUCCUGAAGGAUUACUGGUGUUUGCCGAGACCUCGCUCACCGCCGCUUCAUCGAAUAACGCUGAGUGCGUAUACGGCGUUGGAGUAUGGAGCGCCUAGUUCCCACUCAGCGAAUGCUACUGGGGUGACCUUUCUGUUACUUUGGAACACAUGGCGCAGUGCAACACUGGGCUGGUUUGGUAAGUCAUUCUGCAGCAUCCUGGCUCUGUGUUACUACCUCACGCUGGUUGCCGGCAGAAUAUACUGCGGGAUGCAUGGCCUUUUAGACAUUAUCAGCGGGGCUGCCAUCGGCGUAGUCUGUUUUGCAGCGAGAAUCGCUAUCAAAAAUUUGCUCAAAGAUUUCAAGCUGGGAGAUCAUCUAUGGUUCCCCUUUUUCAGCAUUUCCUGGGGCUUGCUCUUGCUGUUCAAGCAUGUUAGACCUAUUGAAGAAUGUCCCUGUUUCCAGGACAGCGUUGCAUUUAUCGGCGUGGUCAGCGGCUUCGAGUGCAGCGAGUGGUUGCUGGAGGUGCUGAAGAUCACUUCAGAUGGAGGAAUGGGAAUUCAAAAAGGGUUUCAGUACUUUAUUUACAGAUUGGUCGUUGGUGUAGCAUGUGUUGCACUGUGGAAGUAUUGCGUGAGCCAAACGUUGGUGUACUGCACAUUGCUUGAAGUUCUGCGGCUCCCGGAUGAUAGACCGGAGAAAACAGCUGCGCACGCAGCGGCGAACGAGGAGGACGAGUGUCCACUAUACAUUGGGGAACCCAAGAUAGAUAUCAUUGGACGAUUUUUUAUCUACGCGGGCAUUCCCUUUGUGGUUCUCGUUAUAUGCCCCCCUUUGUUCAGUUUCUUAAACAUAACAUCCAGCUAA